AUGUUUGGCUGCCUCCUUGCUGGAUUUCCUUUAGAGGCUUUAGAUAUUGAAUGGGAACCUGAUGGUGAUGAGAAGACGCAUUUCCCACCUGUGAUCCAAAAUGGACAAAAGCCAUACCGUUCCAGCAGGGUGUCUGUUGCUGUCUCUAAGUUUACAACAACACCAUACACGUGCAAAGUAAAGCAUUCCACUGGUUCCAAAGAGAACGGACCCUCAGUAACCAUCAAAUAUGAAGAUUGCAUUGGGCAAAGCCCAAAGCCAGUCCAAGUUCAGAUCUUAACCCCCAACUGCGGUGAACAGGAGACAGAGGCCAGCCUGGAGCUAGUAUGUCUCCUUCGGAGUCUCGGUCCCGGAAAAGCCAGCAUGGAAUGGUUGAUAAAUGGAGAAGUGGAGCCAAAGAAAGUGGAGGCAGAACUGACUGCCGAUAAAGACAAUGGUUUCUCCAGCUUUGUCCGCCGGAAUAUCAGCAAAGACAGCUGGGAGAACGGGGACCGAUAUACCUGUAAAGUGACUCGCCCACCGGGCAGCCAGAAUGUGACAAUGUACAACACCAGCAAGUGCCAGGCUUGCUUAGUGAGACAACCUAUUGUCUCCAUCACAAAGCCUUCCUAUAGAAAGCUGCUUGAAGGGACAGCAAGAGUCAUGUGCUCUGUGGUUGGACCCAAUCUUGGAAACAUCCAAAUAAGCUGGCAUGUAGAUGGCAAACCCAGCCCUCAAGGCCGCUUGGAGAAGACAGAAGCUAACGGAAAUCAACAUGUGAUAAGUACCCACCCGGUAUCUAUGGAACAAUGGAAAAAGGGCACCACCUUCUCUUGUGAAAUAGGUGGACAUUGCUAUGAAAAUGACGUCAAAAAAGUAAUCAUCAAAAAUGACACACAUACUACAAAGCCCUCUGUUGCCAUUUCUCGAGCUCCCCUUGACAUCUCACUCAAGAAUGCUGUGGCUUUGAUUCUAAUCUGUGACGUGAGUGGGUUUUACCCAGAGGAAAUUAGUAUCUCAUGGAAGAAAAAUGGCACACCCUUGAAUGAGACCCUGUACAACAAUGGGAUGACAACGGCGGCUGGGAACGUCUAUUCCACCUAUAGUAUUCUGAACAUUGGGAGAGAUGAACCAGGGGGCAAGGGUGGCAGCUAUAGCUGUGUGGUCCACCAUUCCUCUUCUGAUAAGCCCAUCUCCGCCAGUGAAAAUGUGCCCAUGGACUUCUUUGAACCUAAACGUCCUCUUGUGGAACUCCUGCAGUCAAUAGACCGAAAGGAGAAAACUGUGAUGCUGAAAUGCAUGGCUUCAAACUACAGACCCUCAAAAGUGAGCAUUCGAUGGAAAGGUAGCCCACAAAACUGGAGUGAAGCUUCCGCAGAACAAGCCAUGGCAGAUGGAACAUACAGAGCCAGUAGUCAUCUUAAAAUCCCAAUUUCUCAGUGGAAAGCGGUAGAAAGCAACACUUGUGAGGUGGUACAUAAAGAAACAAAUUCCAAUGUUAUCAAGAAGGCCACCAGGAAAGACUGGAUUCUACCCACAGCCCUCAGCCUGUCCCUCAGCACAACACCCUUCUGCCAUAGCAUAGGCCUGAGAAACAGGAGUAGUAUCAUCUUAUUCUGUUCCAUCUACGGCUACUCACUUGAGAAAAUGCAAAUCACCUGGGAGGUUGGAGGGAAGGUUCAGCAAUCCCCAAAGCCAGAAGCAUAUCAACAGAGUGGGAAUGACUUCUACACUAGCAGCAACCUGACAGUGCCCCUCAAGGAGUGGAACAAGCUACAAGAGUAUACUUGCAAGGUGACUCAACCUGAAGCAAAACACAUCCAGACAGCCAAUAUCAGCAAGUGCACAGCAUGUAAAGAUAGCAUUCCACCUCCCAGCCUCUACCUCUUGAAGCCAUCUCUCAAGAUGUUACUCACUCAAGGGAAAGCUCUCCUGACCUGUCUAGCAGUAGGAUAUGAACUGGACCAUGCUAUGCUCACCUGGAUGGUGAAUGAUGUCAACCACACCAAGGAUGCCAGAACAGAAAACAUCAAAAGCUACACAAACUGGACCCAGAGUUUAAAAAGUCAUUUGAACAUCACCAGUCAAGUCUGGGGUUCUGGAAGCAAAGUCCAGUGCGUCAUUUCUCAUCCUUGUGCACUCUUCCCAGAUAUCAAACAGAGCAUCCAAAAACAUGAAGAUUCCAGUCUCAUUAAAGAGCCAUCUCUCUCCUUGAUCACUCCAUCAACAACACAACUGAUGCAACCUUCUACCAAAGCUGUAGCUUGGCUGGCUUGUGUGAUAUCUGGGUUUUCCCCAGCUGAAAUACUUGUCAGGUGGAAGAAGAACAAUAGGGCCAUUGAUACCUCAGAAUAUAUCACUGGACCUCCAGUAGUGGAAACUGGAAGUCCCACCUUUACCACCCAAAGCAUCCUGAAAGUCCCAGCAUCUGAAUGGGAAAAUAGAGGUCUAUAUACCUGUGUUGUGGGGCAUGAGUCCUUAAGUGGCCUGAAAAACAUCAGUAGAACCUUAUAUGAUCUUCUGGAACCAGCUCCCCCACAAGUGGUGGCAUUCCACAACUCAGAGGACAGGGGAGGCCAGAAACUUGUCUGUCUUGCUACCAACUUCUAUCCCAAAAAUAUUGACAUUCAAUGGCACAUCAAAGGAAAACUUCUCAACUGUAGUUCAGAUUCUUCCACUCUUGUGCCCCUUGCUAAUGGGAAAUUCCAAAAGAGCUGUGAUUUGCUAGUCAGUGGAGAAGAAUGGAGCAAGCCAGAGACAUAUACAUGCACAGUAAAUCACAGCGCUAUCACAACCUUGGUUAAGAAGGACUUGCAUUCUUCUGGAAUGGUCCCAACUCUCAAUAAUGAGACAGCUAUCAAAAUGAAACUGCCAAGCUUUGAAGAACUCUUCAUAAACAAAAGUGCAGCUGUCACCUGUAUGAUGCAACUAGUGAAUAGAACCACCAAUGCAACAUUCAGUUGGACAAUGGAUGGAGAAUCUGUCAUUGCAAAUGACACUGAAGUCUUGGAAGAAACCAACAGCACAUCUUGGAUCUACAGCAAACUCUGGUUGAAUCUGACUGAAUGGAACACCACCACAGAGUUCACCUGUAGCAUUUCUGAUGGGCCAACAGAAACCAAAUUCAGAUGGAAUGGCACUAUAAAGCCUCCAAAGGUCUACCUCCAUCACCAGCAAUCCAGUGAAGACUCAAAUGUAACCCUUCUGUGCAUGGCCAAAGAUUUCUACCCAGGAGAGAUCUUUCUGGAGUGGAAGGAGGAGAACGAAGAGAUGUCACUAAAGGGUUACAAUGCCCAUGGUUUGAAAUGUGAUCACAAAAAACAAAAAUGCUCACUAAUGAACAUCCUCGAAGUUCCCUCAAGCAAAUGGAUGACAGGAAUCACCUACUCAUGCCUGGUAGCCCACAUUUCCUCUGAAAACAUCACAGCUAGAAGAGCCAGUUCCCUCUCUGAUACCUGGGAUUGUGCCAUUAUGGGUUCUGCUGUAUGUGAUGUCCGUAAUGAAAACGAAGAUGAAUACAGUGAACUGGAGGAUGCUAACGGUGUCUGGAACAAAGUUUCCACUUUCAUGGUUCUGUUUGUCGUUGCACUUUUCUAUGGGGGUCUUGUGACUUUCAUCAAGGUGAAAUAAUGAUCAUUUAUUCCUCACCAUGAAGACUUUAUGGAAUUUGAUCUCCAUUUGACAUUUCCUCAGAGCUCUUCCAUUAUCUCUGCUCAAUGUUUCACAAUUCUGAAAGGAAGACAAAGCAUUAGUGACAACAAGCAUUAAUGUCAGUGGGACUCGCUUUGCUUUGGCAGCUUGGACGACUGACACUGGCAAACUGACUUCAAUGUGCAAAGAAUGCAAAGCAACCCCUGGGAAAAGUGGCUUCAAGCUAUACUAACAUUAUCCCCAAUAUCAGGUAUACGAAAUAAUUUGUUGUGGACUCAUAUCUGCCAGACUACAAAUCCACAGACUACAAAUUGCGGACUCAUAUCUGCCAGACUGUGCAACACAGAGUAAGGUUGUCAUUGCUCAAAAACAAAACAGAGCACAAGGAUGAAAAGUGCACCAGCUAUCCAUGAGAAGCAAAGUGUGCUCUGCUUUACAAUUCUUAAGAAAGAGGUUGAGAGAAAACUCUAGAUUUAAGUGUCUACAUCAAAACUACAAAUCUAGAGGUCCAAAGUGAAUGUGUUAUUAUACCAUCAUAAUCAAUACCAUCAAACCAUCCUAUUUUCAAAAGCAAAACUAGAUUUGGCCUUCUAUCUUUGUGGGUUUGAUUUUUGCACAUUUGAUUACUUGUGUAUUUGAUUUAUAUGUUCUUCCUUAGGGAUCCCUAGGUCCUACAGCAAAGUUCUAUGGUCAACUAUUGACAAACAUUGACCACAGGAUUGCAAUGAAGGACCCAGAGAUUCCUAGAGAAGUGUUCUCUCAGGUAAAACAAUUACAGGUGGUUUAUUUGCAUUUUCCCACUUUCAGACCGGCUUUGCACCCCUAAUACUCACCAGAGUGGAGAGUCUACUGUAUUUCCACUCCAUGAACCAA